UACUUCCGCUAGGAGCACGCCGAGCCUGGAGGGAGAGAGAGCAGCAUGGCGUCCAGCGCGAAGAGGAGAGCGGUGGCUCAGCCACAGAGGAGGGCGGACGACGACGAGGAGGAAGACGACCUGGAGGAGGACAUGGAGGGAGAGGGCGACGACGAGGAGGAUUCCGACGACAUCGAGGACGACGAAUCCGAGGAAGACGAGGAGGUGAACGAGGAGGUGAACGUGGACUUUGAAGCCCAUACUAUGUCUGACGGCGACCAUGAUGGUAUCAAAAAGCUUCUGAAGCAGCUGUUCCUGAAAGCCCAUGUGAACACCAAGGAGUUGGCAGAUCUCCUGAUUCAGCAGAACCACAUUGGCAGCGUCAUUAAGCAAUCUGAAGCUUCGGAAGAGUGUGAUGAAGAUGAGGGGGAGGAGGACCACGUUUUCGGCUUCAUUAGCCUUCUGAACUUAACAGAGCGAAAGGAUACCCCGUGUGCGGAGCAAAUUGGAGAAUUGCUUUUGAGCCGUUGCGAAAAGAGCUGCGACCAGAGCGUCGUCGAACAGUUAGAUAAGAUAUUAAAUGACAACAGCAAGCCGGUGGGGCUGCUCCUGAGCGAGCGCUUCAUUAACGUCCCCGCGCAGAUCGCUCUGCCCAUGUACCAGCAGCUGCAGAAAGAACUGGCUGAGGCACAACGAACCAACAAGCCCUGCGGGAAAUGUUAUUACUAUCUCUUCAUAAGUAAGACCUUCAAGGAAGCGGCAAAGAAAUCGGGAGGCGUCGGAACUCAAGGGAAGGAAGAAAUGAUGUUUGCCAAUGCAGAAGAAGAAUUUUUCUAUGAGAAAGCAGUCUUGAAAUUUAACUACUCCGUGCAGGAAGAAAGCGACACCCAGUUGGGAGGAAAGUGGUCCUUUGACGACGUGCCCAUGAAACCCCUGAGAACGGUCAUGUUGGUCCCGACGGACAGUAUGAAUUCCGUCAUGGAGAAGUUCAAGGAACAUCUGUCAGUGUAAUUGAUAUCUGCCCUCUGCAAUAUAACACUUUGCAGUUUUUGUACUGGUUCAUUAUGGGGGCUCCCCAGCUCCCGGUUGGUCUCUGAAGCCGGAGUAACACUUCUGCAUUAGGAAACAGAAUUUAUAUUUUAUUACUAUUUUACCAAGACAAAAAAAAAAUAGAACUUAAAAAAUAUACAAAAAGUAAAUUUCUAAAGUUGUAACAAAGAUCUGCUGUCCGAUUCACAGUCAUUAAAGUCUUCAGUGUCUUUCCAACACA